AUGCAUUUUCUAUGUCUCCAUGGCAGGGGCACCAAUUCGGAGAUCUUCAAACGGCAGACUGCUGCGCUUCGACAUGAGCUCGGUGACAGUCACAGCUAUGACUUUGUCGACGGAACCUUUCCCUCGGCACUUAACGAAGAUUUGAGAGAAUUACUACCUCCCGAUGAUGAAACAUUCGCCUAUUGCAACCCAUUGUCACCACAGUCUUGUGCAAAGGCAUUCAACGACCUCGAACGCUAUGUACAAACCGAAGGCCCAUACGAUGGUGUUAUGGGGUUUAGUCUAGGUGCCACAUUUGUCAUGUCGUGGAUGUUCAAGAAGCUGCGGGAGCAGAAAGACAACAAACCCGUGCAGCUGCCCUUUAGAGUGGGAAUCUUUUUUUCUGCCCCGGGAUUGCUCCAGUACCAUGACUUGUUAGCCGAGGAAUUAUUUGGAUCAAAGUUCAAUCCAGCCGACGGGCUUCUUGAUCUACCGACGGCUCAUAUCUGGGGAUGUCACGACCGAGACAAGGAAAAGGCUGAGGCAGCUAGCCAGGCGUGUAAUGAGCUAGUUAGGUCUGUUUUUGUUCACGACAAGGGCCAUGAGAUUCCUAUAUCUUCUGACAAUGUGAUCUUGAUGGUCAAGGUUAUUAACAGGGCCAUUACAAGGGCACAAACCUAG